AUGUCAAAUGAUGCAAAAAUGAAAGUUGUUAUUUUCAAAGAUCGAGUAAUUAAAUUCGCUGAAUGGGUUGAUAAUGACAAUCAAAAAAAUAUAACAAAAAAGUAUAAAGAAUAUAUAGAAAUAGUAUUAAAUACAACAUCAAAAUUUUUUGAAAGAAUGUAUUGUUUGUUUUAUCCAUUAGACGAAAAAGCUCGAUGUGUAUUAGAAGAAGUAGUUUCAUCAAUCGAUUUAUUUAGAAUGAAAGAGUCUCCUUCAUUUACUGAAUUAAGAACAGUAGUAAAUGAAAUAAGACCAGACCUUACUCCAAUAUUAAAUAAAUUUCUUAACUAUCAAGUAAUUUAUUGUACUCGUCACAUAAAACUUAUAUCUGAAUUUCUUAAUGAAUUAAAACCUAAUGAAUAUAAAAUAAUAUAUGAAAAAUUUCAACACUUUUUAAAGAAAGUACAGUUUAUUGUAAGAACACAAAAAUUACUUGAUUUAAUAAAUCAAACAUAUGAAAACUCUCCUAAACUAUCAAUUAAUUUUACAUUUUCUGAUAUUCAAAAGAAAUAUCAAUGGUCUGACUUUAGACCACCUAUUAAUGAAACCGAAUCAAAACAUACUAAAACCCAUUUAGUUGAACAAGUCAUUGAACCAAAUGCAAUAAAAGAAACAACUGAACCAAAUACAAUUGAACAAACUAAAAAACCUAAAUUACCUUUAUCACUUAGGAAAGAAUCUAAUAACUUUCAACCUAAACAAAGUGUCUCUACAAAAGUAUCUUCUAUUGAUCUUAGUGCUGUUACUCAAGUACCUUAUAAAGAUAAAUCACCAAAUAUUGAACAAGUUAAAGAAUUAAGGUAUUUAGAUAUCGGUUGUAAAGAAAUAAUUACUGACCAAAAGGAUGAACAAAUCGAUUUUCUUCUAAAAUGUAUUAAACAAAAAUUAAAUCAAAAUAUGCAUUUUUAUGAUACUCAACAAACAGAAGAUGUUUUAAAGGUGUUAUCUUCACUAUUUUAG